AUGACAGUGAGUUGGAAUUUGAAAAAGAAAAUACGAUACGAAAAGCACUGGGAACUGCAUAAAUAUGAGACUGAAUCUGAAUACAAGUUUCACCCAAUGAUGACUGAUAAAGAUAAAAGUCCGCCACCAGGUGGCAUCGAAAUUUUCUCCGGAAUCGCGUAUAAUUUCUUCACGAGAGAGUUCAUUCAAUGGGCGCUGGAAGACAAGGAUGUCCGAGAAUUGAUUGAGUGGUCAAAAGAUACAUUUUCGCCAGAUGAGUUUAUUUGGGCGACGAUUAUUCGAAUGAAAAAUGCUCCAGGAAAUGAAUUUAUUGUGUUAUUGAAUACGCCAUAUUUUUUUGCAAACAAAUUCGAUGCAGUCGAUGAUUUUGCCCUGCAGUGCCUGGAGGAAGAACUUCGAAAAGAGCCUGAAAUCGAGGCGAAUCAUGAUGGGCACUGA